CCCCCUGUUGCCGGACCCUGGGUGUGGGGAGAGGAAUGUACGAGCUUUCGUUCACACUUAUGGGCAUUCUCAUUCUAGUACAAGAGAUCACUCGUUCACUUCCGGUGUACACAUUUCUGGGUACCCUCCGGUCCAAUCAGGAAAUCAAUUCUGAAACCAACUACAACUUGAUCUGUGCUUACGAGGCUCACCAGGUAAGGCCCGUGAUGGAGAUUUCCACAAUAACAACCAAAGAAAAAGUCCGCAUGUGGACUGUGGAUCCAGCUAAAAAACCUUUUGCCGAAAAAAGUGAAUGGGAAGAGUUGGACCGCGAACUUGUGUUGGAGGACUCUCUCCUCAUGUCUUGUGUAAGCGAGAAGCACGUGGCCAAUAUUUGUUCGUGGACCAACGAAGAGACAAAUGCAAAUCUCAAUGCAAAGACAAUCAAAAAAAUUGCAAACAAGCAUCCACAAAAGUUUGUUUGACCAUCUAUCUGAAUGCACAUGUGUUCUGCGCACACGAUUCUUGCCCAAUAGACUUUUGCUGCCCGU